AUGUUCUCCAAGCUUUUGUCUACCGCUGCGGUGGUCCUGGCAGCCACCCAGCUCGUUUCAGCUCAGACCCAUACUGACUGCGAUCCCACCAAGAAGAAGUGCCCCGAUGACCCUGCUCUAGGCUCUACUAUCACCGUUGACUUCACCAAGGGCGAGAACGACUUUUUCAAGGUUGCCGAUGGUACGAAGCUUACCUACGACACUAAGGGUGCUGUCUUCACCAUCAACAAGGAGACUGAUGCUCCUACCAUCACCAGCAGCAAAUACAUCUUUUUCGGCAAGAUCGAUGUUGAGCUCCAGGCUGCCCCCGGCACCGGUGUAGUUACUAGCUUCGUGCUACAGUCUGACGACCUCGACGAGAUCGACUGGGAAUGGCUUGGUGGUGACAAGGCUCAGGUCCAGACCAACUACUUCGGCAAGGGUGAUACUACCACCUACGACCGUGGUGCCUACCACGAUGUCGCCAAUCCCCAGGACACUACUUACAAGUACUCUAUCGACUGGACUAAGGACUACGUCCGCUGGUUCAUCAACGACAAGCAGGUUCGCGAGUUGAAGUAUGCCGAUGCUAAGGGCGGCACUCGAUUCCCCCAGACUCCCAUGCAGAUCAAGCUUGGUACUUGGGUUGCUGGUCGUUCUGAUGCUCCUGAGGGUACCGUCCAGUGGGCUGGUGGCAAGACCGACUUCAGCCAGGCUCCCUUCGUCGCUCACUACAAGUCCCUUACCAUCCAAGAUUACAGCAACGGUGUUAAGAACGCUGAGAAGUACUCAUGGGCUGACGGCUCCGACGGUUCUUACCAGAGCAUCAAGGUUAUCACUGGUGACGGCAGCGAUGAUGAGACUACCACCAGCAGCUCUGCUUCCAGCACUGCCAAGUCUACCAAGACUUCUUCCGAGGCCACUUCCACCAAGACUUCUGCUAAGAGCACCCUAGCCACCGUCACCUCUACUGCCAGCGCCUCUGCUACCGCCUCCGCCUCCGCUUCCGCUUCUGCCUCUGAGUCCGCAUCUUCCAGUGGCAGCGAUACCUCGGCCGCUCCUUCCAGCAGCAGCAGCACCUCUGCCACUGCUCCUCCUGCUAGCGUGCCUACUACUGGCGCUGGUAUGAAGGUUGGCUUCAGCGCUGGUGCUAUCGGUGCCUGCCUGAUGGCCGCUUUCGUGCUAUAA